AUGAGCUACCAACAACAGCAGUAUAAGAUCCAUCAGCCUAGUAAAGUGGGCUUCUAUGCGCGACAGAUGACGAUGAUGUUCAUGCAAGGAGGUCUCAUAGGAGCCUCUGCGGGCAUCGCUGGUUAUGCUGUCCAGACGGGUACAUUGAGAGGUUGUUUAAAGUAUGCUGGUCCGACCCGAGCAUUAUCACACGCAGGUAAGCCUUUCCAAUACUACGGAAACGAUAGGAUACGCAGUCCUGAGGAGCUAGUCGCAGUAGCAGAGAGGGCCGGCCUCGUGAUGACCACCUACGGCGUCGUCACACGGGAUGGACCGGACAUCAUGAAACACAUUCGGUGGCGGCGUAUAGUAUUGGAUGAGUGUCACUUGAUAAAGUCACGAGUAACGGCAAUCUCUCGAGUGGUGCGGACUUGUCUCCACGGGGAUCGUCUCUGGUGUCUAUCGGGUACUCCUGUCCAGAAUACUUUGGAGGACCUUUUCCCAAUCAUACAAUUCCUCCACGUCGAACCGUGGUCGUCGUUCGCCUUCUACAAGCGGCAUAUAGUGGACCCUGUGAAGGAAGGGGACCAAGCGGGUCGAGCUGCUCUGCAUAAUAUGUUGUCCCGUAUCAUGAUAAGAAGAACCAAGGAAACCAAAGAUUCCAAUGGCCAACCCUUGGUGCAGAUGCCAGAUAAGAUGGUGCGCACGUUAGAAAUUCCCCUAGAUGCCGAUGAGGAGAGGCUGUACACCUAUCUUUUCUGGCGAAGCCAUCUCGAGUUCAACAGCUUCAUUGAGCAUUCGGAGAAUCUGCACAGAAUGAAGAUACUCAAUCUUAUCCUACGACUCCGCCAAGCACUCUGUCAUCCUAUCCUCUGUAUACCAUCCAAGCUCGCUAAGGUCAUGGGUAGGGUGCCGACCGAAGACGAAGAUAGCGCGCGUCCAGGAGAUGGCUCUAGCAUGGCAGCUAACCUCGAUGAGCUCUACGAUAGGUUCAUGGGUGACCCUAGAGAUACCUCGCCCCACAGGAAGGAUUACUUGAAAAAGGUCAUUGACGACAUGAAGGUGUCUGAGUCCCUUCCAGAGUGCGUCAUCUGCCUCGAGGCACUCAGCAGCAGCAACGUGAAGAAGCAGCCUGUGUUGACAGUGUGUGGCCAUACGAUGUGCCAACCCUGCGCUAACGCGUGCAUCAGACGGGCAGGAACCUGCCCUGUGUGCCGGAAGCCGGUAUCCAUAGACUCCCUCCAAGUCAUUCCAACACAGGCGAUGGUCAAUGCGAACAGUCAGUUCCAGGAUGAUGCCGAUGAGAAACCUCCGGAAGACGAUGCGGUUAAAUAUAAAUUCCGUUUGAGUUCUAAAAUGAUGAAGCUGCUGCGAUACGUAAAGAGGGAUGUGAGAAGAGGUUGGAACGUGGUGGUCUUCUCCCAGUGGACAUCUUACCUCUGGAUGAUAUCGCACAUGCUGGAUCUUAACCAAGUCCCUUACCGGCUUAUCACUGGCAAACAAAACCAGAACGAGCGGCAGAGCAAUGUUGCCUGGUUUAACCACAAGACGACCAAGAGCGAAAUCCGACCAGUCCUGGCGGACGCUUUGGAUGCCUGUGGGGAGGUGGAAGUGUCGGAGCCUGAGGACGAUGGAGACAGCACGACACAAGGGAAGGUGUUGUUGGUAUCUUUGCGAGCCGGCGGCGUCGGGCUCAACCUGACCGCAGGAAGGACCCUGUACUUGCUAGACCUGUGGUGGAAUCCGGCCGUAGAAGAGCAGGCUAUGAUGAGAGUCCAUCGUCUCGGCCAACAGCACACUGUUAGAAUCUACCGCUUCGUUGUGCGUGACUCGAUUGAUCAACGUAUCAUGAGUCUUCAAGCAGGCAAGAGUCGCCUCACUAACAUGGCCUUCGACGCGAGCGAUGCGGCUGCUUUACAGAAGGACGAUGGUCGUAGUCUAACACUGGAGGAGAUGAAGAUGCUCUUCAAGCCUGGAACGAUGGAGCUGCGGGGAGGCAAAUCACGUGAGGAUUUCAAUUAA